AUGCGUAGUCGUUUAACAAGACGUCGUUGUUCGUUUGCGUUACCUUCUGCACGCACAUUGAGAAUGCGAUUGCUUCUUUUGCGUAGACUCGCAGAGCGUGAGGCAUUCAGUGAGCGCAACCAUAGCCCCACUUGUAACGUGGAUGCAAUUAUGGGAGACUUCUGCGUCUCGCCACCGCGUAACCUUUCAGAUGCGGACCACAACCGCUGUAUACGCGAAUCCCCCGACGUACUUUCCGUUCAGUCACCAAGGACGGAAACCGAGAGUGAUGACGUGCAAAGCAUGAGCUGCGAACUAGGGGAGCAUGAUUGCACUGCUAUAGAUUUGACUACGUCACCAACGCCGUGUGAUGAGGCACGUAGUUUCCUCGCAUCAUGGGUGCUUAAUACCAACACCUCGGCUUGGGCUGUUAACAAGCUUCUGGAAGGGUUGCGUAAGUUCAUACCGUCUCUACCGAAGGAUUACCGGACGUUGAUGAGAACUCCAAGAACCACUAACGAGAUGGAGGUACAUCCUG